AUGGAGAACCAGUCUGGAAGCCGUGGCUGCUUUAACUGUGGCGAGCCUUCUCACCAGGCCCGUGACUGCCCCAAGAAAGGCACACCUACCUGCUACAACUGCGGUGGCCAAGGACACGUCAGCCGUGAAUGCACCCAAGCCCCUAAGGAGAAAUCCUGCUACCGCUGCGGUCAAACCGGCCACAUCUCCCGCGAUUGCCAACAGUCAGCCCCCGCUGGCGGCAACAACGGUGGUUUCUCCCGAGGUGGAUUCUCUGGCGGCGCUGGCGGUCAGGAAUGCUACAAGUGCGGUCAGGUCGGACACAUUGCUCGCAACUGCUCUCAGGGCGGUAGCUACGGUGGUGGUCACGGUGGCUUCGGCGGUCGUCAGCAGACCUGCUACUCUUGCGGUGGAUACGGCCACAUGGCUCGUGACUGCACACAGGGUCAGAAGUGCUACAACUGCGGCGAGGUCGGCCACGUCUCCCGUGAUUGCACAACCGAAGCCAACGGCGAGCGCGUCUGCUACAAGUGCAAGCAACCCGGUCACGUCCAGUCCGCUUGCCCCAACUAA